UUGUGCUGCUGGCAAAAUACUAGUAGCCAACAGUGUCUAGCUAACGUUGGCAAGCAAUACAAAUACGUUUAUCAUGGCUGGUAGAAAGGCCGUAGAACUAGAAGUGUAUUUAGAUUUAUUGUCUCAACCAUGUAGAGCAAUACAUAUAUUUCUUAACUGCAAUAAAAUUCCACACAAGGUGAAAACAGUUGCAAUACGAAAAGGAGAGAAUAGGACACCAGAGUAUACAAAACUCAAUCCCAUGCAGAAGGUCCCUGUGAUGGUCGACAAUGACUUUGUUCUGACUGAGAGUGAUGCCAUAUUAAAAUACCUGGCCACCAAAUAUGAUGUCCCAGGUAACUGGUACCCACGCCACCCAGAGAGGAGGGCGAGAGUGGAUGAAUACACAGCCUGGCACCAUACCAACACCCGGCCACAUGCGGCCAAGGUCUUUCUCAUGGAGGUUUUACUGCCCCAUAUGACAGGGCAGCCAGCAGACCCACUGAAGGUGGAGCGGGCAUUGGCAGACCUGAGUGACACUCUGGAGAAGCUGGAGAACAUGUUUCUCAAGAGACAGCCCUUCCUCUGUGGAGAUGACAUCAGCCUGGCUGACCUGCUGGCCAUUUGUGAACUCAUGCAGCCCCUAGGUGGCGGCAGAGACAUCCUGAAGGAUCGUCCCAAGCUGUUGAGCUGGAAAAGUCGUGUCCAGUCUGCGCUGGGUGAUUCCUUUGGCAAGGCACACACAGUGCUGUACAGUCUCCGGGACAGGUCCAAAGCAAAGUUAUGAAAUAAUCUCAAUAUGAUUUGAUAUAAAAGCUUGCACAAUGCUUGAAAGCAACACUA